AUGCGGAACUUAUUUCUGGUAGCACUGUGUUUUUUGGCGAAUGGCGUACGUGCUGGCGAUGAUGUCUACUGCAGAGAUGAAAGGAACCAGAAAGUGGAGUGGUUCGUCAUGUACAAGUUCCCGGCGAACGGUGUGAUCUACAAACAAGUCAAACGGGGCUUCAACACAAAUGGGGUGCAGUUCGCGUACUUCGAUGCCAAUACCAAGAACCUCAACUAUUGGAAUAUGUCCUCGGAAACCCUCUACAGCCAGAGAAACCCUCUAGCUUUUACGUUGGCAAAACUGUUCGCCAAAAAAAAGUCACCGGAUAUAGCGUACGUGACUUACAACGAUCAACCGUUUACCGGAGAGGAGGAGCCUGCCAAGGAUCCGGACAGGCACCACGGCAAAGAGUACGCACAUAGCAAGGGCAUACUGAUGGCUGACGCAACAUCGGGGAUGUGGUUAGUCCAUUCAACGCCUCAGUUCCCCGUGAACGUGCAUAUGGGAGAGUUCAACAUGACAAGGACCGCACGCAAGAAUGGCCAAUACUUUAUGUGCCUAACUGUCCCUGCUACAGAAGUGGAUGAAAUAGCUGAACUUCUUUUGAUUCAAUCUGUGAUCGUGAACCACAAGUAUGGGCCAGAGAGUGUGGCUAAGAAGUAUCCUCAACUGCAGGCACUUAUAAGAGGGAAGUCUCUACCGCCCAGUACGGAGGUAAAAAUUGCACCCAUUAAGGGUAUAAGCCGCACGACAUUUACUGCUAUCGCGAAGCCUCCUCGUUGGAAAAAAGAUGUCUACACCCACGUCGUCACUGAACAAGCCCAGAGUGAUAUUUGGGUUCAGUCUUGGCGAAGGCCAUUGUUUGGGUGGCUCUACCCGGUUUGCGACCGGAAAUACUCCGUAAAGGACGUCGAAUUGCUGCGGUUCAACUUCAACAGUACCAGUUACCUCGAAUACUCGUACUUGAAUGACCAUAGCAAGUUCGCUGUCGCGGUGAACAAAUCACUCUUCUGCUUCUCUUCGUUGAACCGAGGGAGCACCCAGUUCAACCGAGGCGGUGAGCUGCUGUGUCGAGACAACGAAACUGUGGCCGGUCUAUUCCGAAGGACUGUGGCGAAGGUCGAGGCGUGUGAUGCCACUGACCCAUCUGGCAAACCCAGGCCCCCAACCGUAACUGGAGACACAACCACGACUAAGAAACCGUGGCGGUGGCCGACGACGUCAAAGAGGCCUUCCGGAAAGUGGCCUACGAGGGCUCCUGGAAGCAAACCGACGAAGCCUGCAGCAACAAAACGUACCAAAAAACCAACGAAGCCCGUGACAACAAAAACUAGAACACCUACGAAAAAGAAAACUAAACAAACAAUAACAACCAGGCCUCAGAAGGUCCAAAAAACGAGGAAAAGCAAGACUCAAUAA